GUUAUUGUUCUGAAUAUAGUUGUUUAUGGGCUUGACCCGUUUUGUCUGUUGGGCCUAUUUAUGCUAAUAGUUUAUAGCCGAGUAGAUGAUGAAAUCUGGACCACACAUUUGAAUUCAUCUUUAAUUUCACGAUGAGAUGAAACCCCUAGCAAGAACCACGACAUCAAUUUUCCAUCAAAAAUCCCUCUUUUCAUCUGCGAAGAAUUAGGGUUCUACGAAUCACGAAAAUACCUCUUUUGUUCUGCGAAUUAGGUUCUAAGAAGUAAGAACCACGACAUAUAUUUUCAUAUAAAAACCCUAUUUUCUUCUACGAAUUAGGGUUUUGUACAACGUUUCUCGAAUGGACAUCGACGAAGACAGUGCGAACUGGAUUCUGGAGUUUUAUCUCAGACAACCGCUGGAGGAGCGGACGUUGACUUCUUUGAUUGGCGCUCUGCCUCUGUCGAACACAAACACGAGGCUGAAAAAGCUGAUUUUGCUGAAAACAUUGGAAUAUCAAGUGGCGUGUUUUUCAAUUUCUGAAAGCACACUUGUACUGUUGGAGCAACUGGAAGAGAUAGAGUUCAGACAAGGUAACGUGAAAGUCUCGGAUGAGAUGAAACACGCCUAUUGUGCUGUGGCGGUGGAGUGCACGAUAAAGGGGACAAAUAGUAACAUAUUCAGAUUUUACGAUAAUGCAAGGAGGCUUUGGAGGAAGAGGAUAGGGAGUAUGCAGAAGCUGGUAGGGAAUGGGGCUUUGUGCUCGGAAGAGCUUUCGCUGUGGAAAGAAUAUAUUGAGGCUGCCGUAUGGGAUGAAAGUCUUUUUGAGAGCAUUGUGAAGAAGGGCGAGGGUCUUAAUGCUCUUGAUGCAGUUAGUGUUUUUCUGAGGGGAGAGUGGGAUAGAAUGGGCCCUCCCUUUCUGGAGUUCGCUGCGGCGAAACUGCAGGAUGAUGAACAUCUAAUGGAAAUUCUAGGUGUAGGAAGCAGUGAUGUGGAUACUGUAAAAGAAGCACCUUCUCAUCAUCUUGAAGAUGUAGGUAAUGUCGGCUAUGAAAAGAAAAAUAAUAUAAGAAUGAAGCUGAGGCCAAGGCCUCUUAGUGUGAGACGUUAUAGGGGAAAAGCCAAACUUGUCGAUCCUGGUCCUGAUGAUGUAAAUGCAAUGGAGCUGUCAUGUGAGAGGAGAAGCAAAUCGCCAAUGAGCGAAGAAGUUCGUAAUGUCCGGGAAGCCCUUGAUCGGAGUUCAUUGGAUCUUCGAGCGGUUGUGAAGGAUCCCCUUCCCGAUGCAUUGAGAAUUGCUGCUGAAGCCAUGGCCGGUACGAGUGCAAGAAACAUGGCAGCUGGAGAUAAAAACAUGCAUCAGGAUACUCUAAAAAGGAAGGCUGAAGCCAUGGCUGGUACUAGUGCAAGAAACAUGGCAGCUGGAGAAAAAAACAAGAAUCAGGAUCCUGUAAAAGAGAAUCAUGUCGAAUCGAACCGAGUUGAUGUGGAUGGUGAUGGAGAUGUUCAAGUGAGUACUGGUAUUAAUGUGGGUAAUGUGCGUAGACCAAGUUUGAUGGAACGGAACAAAUCUGCUCGUACAUAUGAGUGGAGUGAAUCGAUUGAUGAACCAGAAGAUGACCAAGCUGCAAGGUUACCUAGCCCGAUGGCGGAAAUAAUUGCUGCUCUAAACAGACCUGGAAAUGAAAAUGGAAAGAGGAGAAAACGCUUGCGCUGGACUCCUCUGGAAGAACAUACUUUGAUGGCUGCAGUAAGGGAGAUUGGAGAAGGACAUUGGAAGGCCAUGCAUACCAAGUACAGUGACGUAUUUAAACAUAGGACUGACGGUGAUUUGAGGGACAAGUGGAGAAACAUGAAGAAAGGGAAGUAAAAAGAUACAGCGUCCAAUAUUAAUAUGGACUUUUUGACAUGGAACAAGUAUCCAUAUGGUAAAUCUAGGAAUGGAAUUGUUAGCCCUUAUGGGGUGUUUUUGGCUUGAUGAAGGUCAGGGGUCCAGGCUUCUCUUCCUAACAUCUGUUGCUACUUCGUUUGUAUAUUUUGGCUGGUUUUAUUGAUGUAUUUUGUUGGCAUCGGUUGAUUGUAUAUAGAGGGCUGUAAAUCGUGGAGUAGGGCCCUUGUUAGUACAUGAGUGGCAUGUUAUUUCGAUUAUAUUUUUGUAUGCCCCAGUAUGUGCGGUGUAGUUGUGCAGCACUUUGAUCUAUAAAAUUUAACAUUUUAGUAA